CGUCGUGAGGGUCGGGAUCGAACCCACGACCUCCUGCACACCAGGCGAGGUCGUUAACAUCUCCUAGCCACUGGCGGCGCCACCUGUGUGAACGUCGCUGUCCGUGUGUGUGCGUGUGUGUGCGCGUGCGUGCGUGCGUGUGCGUGUGUGCGUGCGUGCGUCAGACUCGCUUCACCGGCCGCUGGUGGGGGUGGCGUCGGGCACGGCGAUGCUGGCCGGGAGCUGCGGCGGCGGCGGCGCCGGCGGCGGCGGCGGCGGAGUCGGAGGAGGGGCGGACGGCGCCCUGCGCGACGUGGCACGCUGGAACUCGAAGGAGUCGCUGCUGUCGGGCGCCGAGGACGGCAGCGACGAGGCGAACCUCUUCGUGGCGCUCUACGACUUCGUGGCGAGCGGAGACAACACGCUGAGCAUCACCAAGGGCGAGAAGCUGCGAGUGCUGGGCUACAACCACAACGGCGAGUGGAGCGAGGUGCAGUCCCGCAACGGCCAGGGAUGGGUGCCCAGCAACUACAUCUCGCCGGUGAACAGCCUGGAGAAGCACUCGUGGUACCACGGCCCCGUGUCGCGCAACGCCGCCGAGUACCUGCUCAGCAGCGGCAUCAACGGCUCCUUCCUGGUGCGCGAGUCGGAGAGCAGCCCGGGGCAGCUGUCCAUCUCGCUGCGCUGCGAGGGGCGCGUCUACCACUACCGCAUCAACACGGCCAGCGACGGCAAGGUGUACGUGACUUCGGACAGCCGCUUCAGCACGCUGGCCGAGCUGGUGCACCACCACUCGAGCGUGGCGGACGGCCUGAUCACGACGCUGCACUACCCGGCGCCCAAGCUGACCAAGCCGACGGUGUACGGCGUGUCGCCCAUCUACGACAAGUGGGAGAUGGAGCGCACCGACAUCACCAUGAAGCACAAGCUGGGCGGCGGGCAGUACGGGGAGGUGUACGAGGGCGUGUGGCGCAAGUACAGCCUCACCGUCGCCGUCAAGACGCUCAAGGAGGACACGAUGGAGGUGGAGGAGUUCCUGAAGGAGGCGGCCGUCAUGAAGGAGAUCAAACACCCAAACCUGGUGCAGCUCCUGGGCGUGUGCACGAGGGAGCCGCCCUUCUACAUCGUCACGGAGUUCAUGCCGCGCGGCAACCUGCUGGACUUCCUGCGCGAGUGCAGCCGCGCGGAGGUGACGGCCGUGGUGCUCCUCUACAUGGCCACGCAGAUCUCCUCCGCCAUGGAGUACCUGGAGCGCAAGAACUUCAUCCACCGGGACCUGGCGGCACGGAACUGCCUGGUGAGCGAGAACCACGUGGUGAAGGUGGCGGAUUUUGGGCUGAGCCGGCUGAUGACGGGCGACACGUACACGGCACGUGCCGGAGCCAAGUUCCCCAUCAAGUGGACGGCGCCCGAGAGCCUCGCCUACAACAAGUUCUCCAUCAAGUCCGACGUGUGGGCGUUCGGUGUGCUGCUGUGGGAGAUCGCCACGUACGGACUGUCGCCCUACCCGGGCAUCGACCUCUCGCAGGUCUACGAGCGCCUGGAGAAGGGAUACCGCAUGGACCGCCCCAAGGGCUGCCCGCACCCCGUCUACCAGCUCAUGCGCUCCUGUUGGCAGUGGAAUCCGCUGGACCGGCCUUCGUUUGCCGAGACUCACCGCGCCUUCGACACCAUGUUCCAUGACUCCAGCAUCUCUGACGAGGUGGAGCGAGAGCUGGAGAAGAAGGCCGUGGCUCCGUCUCCGCUCUCGGCUGGCGGCGGCGGCGGCAGCGGCGCCGUCAUCACGGCCAACGCCGCCGGGGGACCCGCGGCGCCGGGCGCCGGCGCCGGCGUCCGGGCGCCGGAGCUGCCCCCCAAGACCCCCAAAAGCAAGGAGGGGUCCGAGGGGGCCCCCGGCGCGGAGGGGCGAGAGUGGGCGGGAGGCUGCGACGGGGCCGCGACGGCGCCCGGGGGCCAGCAGCAGCAGCAGCAGCACGGCAGCGCAAACACCCUGCCCCGCACGGCGCACAGCCACGACUCUGACCCGCAGGCCGAGCUGGACGAGCGCCAGCCCCAGGGCUUCUUCCGUGAGCGCAAGCCGGGCUCCCUCUUCAGCUCGCUCAUGUGGAAGAAGAAGAAGCAGGCGGCGUCCGCGGCGGCGACCGCGGCGCCGGUAUCGCCGGCGACCGCGCCGGCGCCGGCACCGCCGGCCGCGCCGGCCGCCGGGACGACGCCGGCGACAACGGCGGCGGCGGCGGCGGCGGUGGCGGCGCCGCCGCCUCCCAAGCGGAGCAGCUCGUUCCGGGAGGCCGAGCCGCGGCGUCGGAGGGUCCCCGGCUCUCCGGGGGGCGGCAGCGUCGCCGCCGCCGCCGCCGGUGCAAACGGCGGCGCCCACCACCACCAGCAGCAGCAGCAGCAGGGAGCGACGGCGAACGGGACGGGCGGCGCCGCGGCGCUGGCCAACGGCGGGCUGGCGGCGCUCGCCGGCUUCCUGCGGCGCUCCGACAAGCCGGAGCGCGCCGGGGACAGGACGGCCGGCGGCGCCACCGCCGCCGGCAGCGACGAGGAGGGGGGGGCGACCUCCCAACGCGGCGCCGGCCAGCGUCCCGCCGUGCCGGCCGGCUCGGCGGGGGACGCCCAGCGCAGGGGCGGCGACGGCGCCGGGGCGCCGCCCUCCGCCGCCUCCGCCGGCGGGAAGCGCUCGGCGCUGCCCCCGUGCCUGCCGACGCGCAGGCGCGGGGACGACUGCGGCGGCGGCGGCGGCGGCGGCGUCGCCGGCUGCGUCAAUGGCCGGGCCACCCCGCCGCCCAGGGCUUCCGCGGCGGCGCCGGCGAGCGUCGCUCGGACGUUCCAGAGGUCGGCGGGCGUGGGGGACGCCGACGGCCCCGGGGUGACGCCGCGGCCCCGGCAGAGGGUGGCGCAGCGCGCCGCCACGCUGGCGUCCAGCGUGCGGGAGCGAGCGGCCGCCGUCAGCAGGGCGUCCGGGAGGGCGGCGCCGGCCGGCGCCGCCGCGACGUCGCCGCCGCCGCCGGCGGCCGCCGGCACGGAGACCGCCGCCUCCGCCGCCUCCGCCGCCGCGACCUCCGGUGCCUCCGCCGCGAGCGCCGUCGCCACCGCCGGCGCCGCCGCCCCCCCUGGCUACGGGCUCUCUGAGCCAGCGGCGGGGGGAGCUGGCGAACAGCCGACGGGCGGCCCUCGGAGAGCGCCGGCGGCGGCGGCAGGGCCAGGCCGGCCGCCAACGGGGACGGCGGCCGCAAGGGGGCAGCCGCCGGCGGCGGCGGCGGCGGCGUCGGCGUCGGCGUUUCGGCGCCGCCGAGGGGCGGGGCGAAGGGGACGGCGUCCAACCCCGGGCCGGAGCGCGGAGCCGUCGGCGCCCAGCAGCACCACCUGCUGGGCCCACGCAUCGGCGCGCUCCUCCCUGCGCAAGACGGCGGGGCCGGCGCGGCCCAGCGGGCAGAGCGUGACGCGCGACACGGUGCUGGAGCGAGCCGAGGCCCUGCGGGUCGCCGUCAACGGCGGCGCCGGCGGCUCCUCGGCCUCCCCCCUCCCCGCGGCGACGGCGGCGGCGGCGGCGGCGGCGCCGGCGGCGCCGGCGGCCGUCGUGUCCCACGUGGCGGUGCUGGAGGCCGGGCAGCAGCUGCUGGCGUCGUGCCAGGCGUACGUGAGCGCCAUCAAGCAGAUGCGCGCCAAGUUCGCGCUGCGCGAAGCCGUGGACAAGCUGGAGCUGGCGCUGCGCGAGAUGCGCGUCUCCCCGGGCUCGGCGUCGGCGCUGGGGCCCGGCGCGGCCGCCAGCUCCGCCGGCGCCCUCCUCGCCAGCGCCGACGACAUUGCGCUCAUCGUGACGAGGUAGCGACGGCGCCGGCGGUGGAAGAGGGAUGACGACGACGACGAGGAGGACGAGGAGGAGGAGGAGGAGGAAGAAGAAGAGACUCCGCGUGGCUCCGAGACAUUGCCGGCUCCGUCCCAGCCUACGGCCCCGCCGGGAGAGACUGACCGCGGCGGCGCCGGUCAAGUGGCAGAUCGGAGGGGGCCUCGGCACAAGCGGGGGGGGGGGAGGGGGGGGCAAGAGGGGCAUGAUGCCCCCCCUCACCCCCGCACCUUCAUCCAUGAGGACUUGCACACAGCGGCCUUUAUCAAGCAAGCAAUAGAUGCUAAGAGUUUUGUUAUCGACGAAGAUGCUGUACGUUUAUUUCCUUUUUUUUUAGACACGGUGACGGGGGGCCACUCUCACUUGGGGCGGUGGGGGUUACAC